AUGAAUGGGACCGGAUUCACUGGCGAACGCGGCCAUGUAUCAUCAGCCUCACAGUCCUCCUCGCUCCAUGUAGAUUCAUCCUACUCACGGCCCGCCGGCCGACCGCCCUCUACGCGCCGCCAGUCGUCACGCCCAGGCCCAACUUCGCACUCCAGCUCGUUUGCGCCCUCGCUGCGGCGCCGCACAACCAGCCACUCUCUGCUCUCGCUCGAUGUCGGCGAUGAGGACCCCGAGGCUGCAGAGAGCACGCACGCCGAGGCCGCGAUUGUCGAGGAGAUUGCUGAGAUCAAGCGCUACGAGGACUUUACGACUAUAGAUUGGGUGCAGGAUGCUGCGCGUGAACAACUGAGGCGCAAGGCGCGGCAGCGGAAACGAGAUAGUAUUGGUGUGCGAAAGGAUGGCGGCGUCAAUAAAGUGUUUCUGGGCCGCGGAAGAGGCAAGUGGAGAAGAAAGAUUGCAGAAAUGUACGAUGCAGGUCAGGCUUGGAUUGUCGUUACGCUGGUGGGAGCGGCGAUUGGACUCAAUGCUGCCUGCUUGAAUAUCGUGACUGAGUGGCUGAGCGACAUCAAGCUGGGACAUUGCACCACGGCCUUUUACCUCAACGAGAACUUCUGCUGUUGGGGCGCCGAGGGAGGAUGUGCCGAGUGGAAACACUGGACGGGGUUCUGGCCUGCGAAUUAUUUUCUUUAUAUCCUCUUCGCAGCGCUCUUCUCUUUUACGUCUGCGAGGCUGGUCAAGAGUUUCGCGCCAUAUGCGGCGGGAUCUGGUAUCUCGGAGAUGAAGUGUAUCAUUGCGGGGUUCGUUAUGAAGGGCUUCCUCGGCUUCACGACACUCUCGAUCAAGUCGAUUGGGCUGCCCCUAGCGAUUGGCUCGGGCUUGUCGGUUGGCAAGGAGGGACCCAGCGUGCACUAUGCUGUCUGCACGGGAAAUGUGAUUAGUAGGUUCUUCGACAAGUACAGGAGGAAUGCGGCCAAGACUAGGGAGAUCUUGAGUGCGAGUGCGGCGGCAGGUGUCGGCGUGGCAUUUGGAAGUCCCAUUGGAGGCGUACUGUUCAGUUUGGAAGAGAUGAGCAAUCAGUUUCCGCUCAAGACGCUCUGGAGGAGCUACUUUUGUGCUUUGGUUGCUACGGCUGUCCUCGCUGCCAUGAACCCCUUCCGUACUGGUCAACUGGUUAUGUUCAACGUUUCGUACGAUCGUUCUUGGCACUUUUUCGAGAUCGUCUUCUACCUCAUCAUUGGUGUUUUCGGCGGUCUUUACGGCGCCUUUGUCAUCAAAUGGAAUCUCAAGAUGCAGGUCUUUCGCAAAAAGUACCUUGCUGCGUACCCUAUUACUGAGGCUGUCAUCCUGGCCGUCAUCACGGGUGUCAUAUGCUACCCCAACAUGUUUCUGCGAAUUGACAUGACGGAGAGCAUGGAGAUUUUGUUUCGAGAGUGCAAGCAGGGCAAGGACUACGACAGGUUGUGUGAUGCGGCACAAAGAUGGCAUAAUGUCGCGACGCUUGCUAUUGCAACUACCAUCAGAACCUUGCUGGUCAUCAUAUCGUUCGGAUGCAAGGUGCCAGCCGGUAUCUUUGUGCCCAGUAUGGCGAUUGGUGCGGCGUUUGGCCGCAUGGUGGGCAUCUGUGUUCAGGCCCUUCACGAAUCCUUUCCUACUUCAGCAUUCUUUUCGGCUUGUGGACCAGACGGACCAUGUAUUACACCCGGUACAUAUGCUUUCCUCGGAGCUGCUGCAUCCCUGAGUGGCAUCAUGCACAUCACUGUUUCCGUGGUUGUCAUCAUGUUUGAAAUUACGGGCGCCUUGACAUAUAUCCUACCAACGAUGAUUGUGGUUGGUGUCACAAAGGCAGUGAGCGAGCGGUUCGGACAUGGUGGAAUCGCAGAUCGCAUGAUCUACCUCAACGGCUACCCAUUCCUGGAUAGCAAGGAAGAGCACACUUUUGGCGUGCCAGUCUCUCAGGUUAUGGAGAGCCGCGUCGUGUGCAUAUCGGCUACUGGGAUGAAGCUACAACAGAUGGAGCGCCUUAUGAAUGAGAACCAAUACCAAGGUUAUCCUAUCGUCGAAGACCUGAAGACGAGGAUAUUGGUUGGAUACAUUGGGCGCACAGAGCUUCGGUAUGCUAUUGAACGCGCAAAGAUAGAGCAACACACCCCACCGCACGCCAAGUGCUAUUUCACACAUUUAUCCGCGUCUACGCAGAGCACCAUGCAAACACGUGGGGGAGCUAGAGCAUCGCCUAAUACGACGUUCGAGUCUAUCCCUAGUACAUCGUCGCAGACCAAUCUCGACUUUACACGAUUUGCUGAUCCUACUCCGCUGUCCGUCCAUCCCCGCCUGCCCCUGGAGACGGUCAUGGAAAUCUUCAAAAAGGUGGGACCGCGAGUCAUCUUGGUAGAGUACCGCGGCCAGCUCACCGGUCUCAUUACCAUCAAAGACUGCCUGAAAUACCAAUUCAAGGUCGAGGCGGGGCAUGGUGGUGUUGGUGGUACCAAUGGUGACGAGGGUAUGGAGAGACUGGCAGCAUUUGGAAAGCGUAUCAUCAACUGGGGACGAAGGAAAGUGGGGAUGAAGGAGGUUGGGCAAUUGAGGCUUGCUAGUCCGAUGCCUGAACAGGGGACGGGGGAGAGGCACGGUGAAGCUUUUGCUAUUGGUGCGGACGAUGAGGAGAGCGACGAUGACAGCGAGGACCAGGGCACGGAACUUCAUGAUAGGAGGGCUGAUAGGAGUAGAUAG